AUGUUGUUGCAUAAAAUUCGUGAUGGACGGAGUUUUGAACAUGUGAGAACUAUUGAUGGAGUUGUGCAUCCAACAUUCAAAGCUGCAUGUGCAGCACUUGGUCUUCGAGAUGAUGAUAAUGAGUGGAAUGAAGCUUUAGCUGAAGCAUCUACAUGGGCAUCUGCCAAAAAAUUACGAAGCAUGUAUUGUACAAUACUUAUGCAUUCUGAAACUUUCAAAUCAUUUUUUGGACUUAAAGAAGGAACUCCUAUAAUUUUUUUGAAAUCUCAAUCAUCAGAAGGUCUUUGCAAUGGAACACGACUUGUCGUUACUAGAAUAGGGGAUAAAGUUCUCAAGGCAAAAGUCAUAACAGGAUCUAAUAUUAGAGAUUUAGUACUCAUACCUCAUAUCUCUUUAACACCACAGAGUGCAGGGACUCCUUUUCCAAUUAAAAGGAGACAAUUUCCUGUGAAAGUGGCAUUUGCAAUGACUAUCAACAAAAGUCAGGGCCAAACAUUGAAAAAUGUUGGCGUUUACCUUCCUGAACCUGUGUUUGCACAUGAUGUAAUUGGUUUAGUUGUAUCUGUUGGUUCACACUAUCAAACAUCUAUCAAUGAUAAAACUAAGUGUGACAUACUUUUACUUGACAAAAGGUUUGAGAAUGAUAAAUAUGCUCAGAAAUUAGUGCAUGGUUGCAGUCAUGCAAUUUUACAAUGUCCCAAGCAUUGUUGA